UUAUUUUCGACAGGAUUUUGGUUUGGGAUUUUCUAGAGGAAUUUGCAUUUGUGUGGUAUUAGUGGUUUCAAUCGCUAGAUGUUUUUUGAAUAUAUUUUUUUUUAUUUUCGACAGGAUUUUGGUUUGGGAUUUCUAGAGGAAUUUUGCGUUCGUGUGGUUUUAAGGGUGUGUUAAAUGGCAAAAAUCCCAUCUAA